GCCGGUGCAAAUCGAGUUAUUUGUACGUUUCUUCGUACUGUUUUAGUCGACUUGAUAUCAUCCUUUUCAGAUUUGCUUGGUUUUGUACGGAUUCGAGCUUGAAGUCAAGCUUGUUUGUUUUCUAAGAGUCUUUUUAGGGUUUUAUCGUGCUGUAACGCAAUGGUGGUGGGUUCUCGGACUCCGAUUGGGUUGCCGCCGCCGCCGCCAUCACAAUCCUCGAAGAAUCACGGAAUCACACAGCCAAUAUCUCUUGCUGGUCCUACCGACGUUGAUAUCCAGCGCAAUGCUGAAUUGGAGAAGCUUCUGGUGGAUUCGGGGCUUUACGAAAGCAAAGAAGAAGCUGCCAAAAGAGAAGAAGUUCUUGGUUGUAUCAGUCUGGUAAUUAUUGCCUGAUAGGUUGCAGUUUUUGGUUGUUAUUUCUGUGCAUGCUUGGCAGGAGAGAGAGUCUAUAGAUUUGCAGCUGAGAAGAGGGCUCUGGUAGAAUGAGUAGAACAUGAAGGAUUGAAUGAGGUCUUGAAAUUAACUUGAGCUUUCAAU